AUGACCAAGUCUGAGGUUCCAAACGACCGCCCCAUCGACGACAUCGAUCAGAUUGACGACAGUCAGGUCCGAGAGAUUAGGACUUCUGUUCUACAUCAAAGAGAAGAUUUGCUAGAGAUCAAAUGGAAAGAAUGGAAGCUGUAUCUUGUCUGGGAGCCCAAUGUCAACCAGUCGUCAGACCGCCUCGAGUCGCCUUACCUUUUCAAUGCUAUGAGGGACCCGAAAGAGGAAUCAGGCAUCUUGGCUUUCAAUACUUGGGUGUUACAGCCAACGACGAAGUUUAGGACCGAGUUUCAGAGGAGUCUGGCACGCGACCCGGCACCGCCGAGCCCGUUGAGGGAUUUCCUCUGCUCCAACAUUGAUGUAAACAUCAUCGUUUAG